GCGGCAGUGUUUUUCACCUGCAAUGCAGUGCUGGCUUUCCCUAACCAAUCGGAGCGCUUGGCUCUGAGCAAAAGGGCGGGCUGUUGUUGCUGACGGCAGCAGAGGGAGAGAGACACCGAGAGAGAGAGGGAGUGAGUAAGUGGACCGCUCCAGCUCCUCAGCAUUCAGCAUCGGUGUGCAUGUGUGUGCGCACUGAUGUGGCCUUCCUGUGCCUCUGGUACAUGGCUCUGUCUCUGGCCUGCCAACCCCUGUUGCCUUCAUUAGCACUGUCUCUCAUGGGCAUCCGAGCAUCCUGUAGGCCUGAGCCCCACCCGAGGGGAGCUGCACAGCAGCCUGAUUCCUCUCUGCAGGAGCAAGAUGAGGAGAUCUUGGGCUCUGAUGAUGAGGAGCAGGAGGACCCUAAUGAUUACUGCAAGGGGGGUUAUCACCACGUGAAAAUAGGCGACCUGUUCAAUGGAUGUUACCACGUAAUCCGCAAGCUGGGAUGGGGUCAUUUUUCCACGGUUUGGCUUGCUUGGGAUAUACAGGGGAAACGCUUUGUGGCAAUGAAAGUGGUUAAGAGUGCAGAGCACUACACUGAAACAGCACUCGACGAGAUCAAGCUCUUGAGAGCGGUCAGAAACACGGACCAGAAUGAUCCCAGCAGGGAGAAAGUGGUGCAGUUAUUGGACGACUUCAAGAUCUCGGGAGUCAACGGAACUCAUGUGUGCAUGGUGUUUGAAGUUCUCGGUCACCAUCUGCUGAAGUGGAUUAUUAAAUCUAACUACCAGGGCUUACCAUUGCCGUGUGUCAAGAGCAUUAUUCGACAGGUCUUGCAAGGCCUGGACUACCUGCACACCAAGUGUAAAAUCAUCCACACAGAUAUAAAGCCAGAAAAUAUCCUGAUGGAUGUGAAUGAGGCGUAUGUUAAGAGACUGGCUGCCGAGGCCACAGAGUGGCAGAAAUCUGGAGCCCCGCCCCCUUCUGGCUCUGCAGUGAGUACAGCUCCAGCCCCCAAACAAAUGGCAAAGAUGUCAAAGAACAAGAAGAAAAAGAUGAAGAAGAAACAGAAGCGUCAAGCUCUACUCCUGGAGAAGAGGAUCCUGGAGAUAGAGGGACUGGAGAAAGGCCCAGAUGGAGGAGGAGAAGAGGAGGAGGACGAUGAAACGGAGACCCCAGACAGCACCCCUUCAAUCCCCACCACCCAGACAAUUCAUGACAUCACAGCUGAGGCCACACUGGAUGGCAUCGCAGACGGUUGGUCUCAGCUUAGAGGCGGCGUCAACGGUCACAGCCAGGGCCCUGAGGAUGAGCAGACCCCAGAUCUUCAGCUGCAGUUGAAGGACGAAACCCCCGUGAACCCUUACGACAGCAGUACGGAGGGGUCCGAGCCUCCUAACCCUUACCCAGCAUGCAAUGGCACAGAAGAAAAAGACCCCAGUCCUCCAUCCCCUGCCGCCACAGACGGUAAUGGACCUUUGAAUUGUGGCAUGAUUCAGUCACAGUGUCCUAGAGUGCAGGAUCCAGAAGGCCCCACGGCGGAGCUGAAAGGCUCUAGCUCUGCUGAGGGCCCCAGAGUGGAGCUGGGCCUCACCAUGGAGGUGGACCCCAGCGCACAGGCAGCCACAGAGGAGGAGAGUCUGAAGGACGCUAAGAUUGCAGCGGGGAACCUGCUGGUGAAUCCCCUGGAGCCUCUAAACGCUGACAAGAUCCAGGUGAAAAUCGCUGACCUGGGCAACGCCUGCUGGGUGCACAAACACUUCACAGAUGAUAUUCAGACGCGGCAGUAUCGCUCUCUUGAGGUGUUGAUUGGGACAGGAUACGGCACCCCAGCAGACAUCUGGAGCACAGCAUGCAUGGCAUUUGAGCUGGCGACGGGGGAUUACCUGUUUGAGCCUCACUCUGGAGAGGAUUAUUCCAGAGAUGAAGAUCACAUUGCGUUGAUUAUUGAGCUGCUGGGGAAGAUUCCUCGUAAACUCAUCCUGAAUGGCAAAUACUCCAAGGAAUUCUUCACCAAGAAAGGUGACCUGAGGCACAUCACUAAGCUUAAACCGUGGGGUUUGAUGGACGUGCUGGUAGAGAAAUACGAAUGGGCACAAGAGGAGGCCCAGAAUUUCACUGACUUCCUCCUUCCAAUGUUGGACCUCGUCCCAGAGAAAAGAGCCACCGCUGCUGAGUGCCUCUGUCAUUCCUGGAUCACCUCCUAGUGGCCAAACGCCUCCAAAACACACUCACACACACACACACACACACACACACACACACACACACACACACACACUCACACACAAUGUUAUUUGGAACUCAUGAAUGCUCACAGAUGCUGUCUUAAAGAGCCAUGCCUGGUAUCAUGGCAAAUAUUAGCUGCAAACUGCGAGAAGGUCCAGUCAUCUGAAUCUAAUCUGAAUCCAGUUAGAUUCUUCUUUAAUCCUUAAAUUUGAGGAAUAUUGUUGUCCUUUUUUUUAAUGUAAUGGGUAUAAUUUCUGUGUGCUGUUAUCUCAAUGGUUUGUGCUCUUGCUGACUUAUCUAAUCAUCACUUUUGUAUAAAUUCCAGCAUAUCAUGAUUGUUUGAAACCAUUUCAGAUUUGCUUUCAAAAUCUUCUCAAAUAUCUAUGAUUCCACCAUCCAUUUUCUUAGCGACAUUGUUCAGUUUGAAAUACUAAGGACUCAUCAGCUGAUUGUAGUGUUUCUUCACUGUAUUAAGAAACCAUAAAAACGAUUGUUGAUCUUUCAUAUCGCCACAAGAUGGUUAUAGAUCAGAUGUCUGAAUGAAGAGGGAAUCAUGAAGUAUUCCCACACACGACUGGAGUUCUAAAUCUGUUUUUAUUUUCAGAACUCUCUACUUAUUGAAUGUGCAUUACUAUACAAGAGAAGCAAGAGAAACAUAUCCAUGCACUUUUACCAUGAAUGACUAAAGUAAAUAAAACAUUUUCAUCAGUGUUUCCAUACAGUAUAUUUUGCAAAAAAUCUAUAAAGGUCUAUUAAAGGUUGAAUAACCCAUUUUGUAACGUUAAUCAGUAAGUUUAACAGAGGAAAAAUGAAUGCCAGGGAGGAUUCAUUUUGGUAUCAUUGUUUCCUUUACAAAAUCUAAAAUAGUGAGAGCAUCUCAAAUAUUGUACAUACUCAUACCAAAGAGUUGGUUCUUCACUGGAUCUUUGUUGUACAGUCUUAAGUCCCAGUAUUUGUGUACAGUUUUGCCAAGGCUUUCUGAAUGAAUCUGCAAUGAUAAGGGGCAUCUUUUCGAGCUUUCACAGUGUUGCUUUAGGCAAAAUCAUAUGAUUUGUUUCUAUUUUCACAGACAUUUGAGCGAAACCCGUUCUAGUUUAAUUUUGACGGGCCUCUGCUUUCUGUUUUGUAUAAGGCAGCUUCAUUUGAACUUUUACGGUAGCCUAAUACAAACACAUCCUCUGCUUCUCUGCUCUCUAUAUCUCUCCUUUUUCAAGAUUUUUCUCUUAAUUGUUCAGCACUGAACUAAAAUGUUUUCUGUAGUAACUUCAAAUAAAGAUUUGAAAAUG